CUCCCCUCCAUGCAUGAUGGCGGCACUGGCCUAGUGGACUAAGACUUCGGAAGAAGCAGCAAGAAGUGCGCCGCCCGCCCUCUCGAAACUUUUGUAAAUAGUUAUUUAUUCAUCCAGCGACACUUGUUGUCACCCCGGACCACCGACGCCAUGACACGGUGGGUCCCCACCAAGAAAGAGAAGUACGGCGUGGCAAUCUACAAUUAUGAUCCCAGUGGUGAGCCGGAGCUGUGCUUGCAGGUGGGGGACACGGUACACAUACUGGAGAAAUUGGAAGGGUGGUAUCGAGGCUACACGCUGCGCCACAAAUCACAUAAGGGCAUUUUCCCGGCGUCCUACAUCCAUUUAAAGGACGCUUCAGUGGAGGGAACAGGCCAGCAGGAAAUAAUUAUUCCAUCAGAUUUACCACUGGUGCAGGAGCUGGGGGCUACGCUGAGAGAAUGGGCACAGAUAUGGCACAAGCUCUUUGUGGCGAACAAAGCUACCCUGUUCCGGACUGUUCAGAAGAUGGCUUACAGUCUCAUUGAGUAUCGAUCACAGAUUGUGUCAGGAACACUACCCAAGGAUGACCUUGUAGAACUCAAAAAGAAAGUCACUGCCAAGAUAGAUUACGGAAACCGGAUCCUGGGCUUGGACUUGGUUGUGCGAGAUGAAGCAGGAAACACAUUGGAUCCUGACUGCACAAGCACGGUCAGUCUGUUUCGAGCCCAUGAGACUGCAUCCCGCAGUGUUGAUGACAGAAUACAAGAGGAGAAGACACGACUACAAAAUCUUGAGAUGAGGCGCCAAGCAUUGUUUAAUACUGUGCACACCUACAGUCUACUCAUGAACCUGAAAAACUUUGUAUGCAACAUUGGAGAAGAUGCUGAGCUGCUCAUGUCUCUUUAUGACCCAGAUCAGUCAGAAUUCAUCAGUGAGAACUUCCUGGUGCGGUGGGACAGUACGGGGAUGCCUAAAGAAAUCGAAAAACUCAACAACCUGCCAGCACUCUUUACGGACCUUAGCAGAAGUGACCUGAUGAGGCAGCGUCUCUUCCUGGUGUGUCAGAUCAUCAGAGUAGGGAGCAUGGAGCUGAAGGAGGGAAAGAAACAAACGGGCGGGCUGAGGAGACCCUUUGGUGUGGCUGUGAUGGACAUAACAGAUAUCGCUCAUGGCAAAACAGACGACGAGGACAAACAACAUUUCAUCCCUUUUCAGCAGAUAGCAAUGGAGACCUACAUCCGUCAGAGGCAGCUCAUCAUGUCGCCCCUCAUCCCGUCUCGAGUCAUAGGAGAGAAUGAGCCACUUACUGCGGUUUUCAACAAAGUCAUUGCCACGAGGGAGGUCAACCACAAGGGCCAGGGAUUGUUUGUGACCCUGAAACUGCUCCAUGGGGAUCUUGCUCAGGUCAGAAAGGACUACCCUCACUUUGUGGACCGCAGCACAGCUAUAGUCAGGAAAAUGGGCUUUCCAGAAAUCAUCCUCCCAGGAAACGUGAGGAACGACAUCUACGUAACUUUGCUGCAGGGGGAGUUUGACCGCGGUAAAAAGAAGACGCCCAAGAACGUAGAAGUCAUGUUGAGUGUGCACGACGAUGAAGGCAAUGCCAUGGAGAGCGCAAUAUUUCCUGGCGCUGGUUACGAUGGAAUCACAGAGUACAAGUCCGUCAUUUACUACCAAGUCAAGCAGCCUUGUUGGAAUGAGACUGUGAAGGUGACAAUUCCCAUCGAAGACGUGUGCCGCUGUCACCUGAGGGUGAUGUUUCGACAUAGAUCAUCUCAGGACUCGAGGGACAAAUCAGAAAAACCCUUUGGUAUGGCUUUUGUCCGUCUUAUGAGAGGAGACGGGACGACGCUGAGGGAUGGAAGGCAUGAACCUAUCGUCUACAAGGUGGAUGUGAAAAAGACAGAAGAUGCAAAAGUAUAUCUGACCUUGCCAGGGACCUGGGCUGAAGUAGAAGAAAAGGAGAAGCAAACGGGGAAGCAGUUCCACCAUUCUGGAGUGAUCACCGUCACCAAGGACAGCUUCCAGAUUGCCACGCUUACCUGCUCUACUAAACUCACCCAGAAUGUGGACCUACUUGGCCUGUUGAACUGGAGAUCUAACCCCAAAGAUCUUGAGCAGACCUUACAGAGGCUGAUGGAGGUCGAAGGGGGGGAGAUAGUCAAAUUUCUUCAGGACACCCUUGAUGCUCUGUUCAACAUCAUGAUGGACACCUCAGAAAAAGAUACCUAUGACACUCUGGUGUUCAACGCUUUGGUUUUCAUAAUCACACUUAUUGGCGACAUCAAGUUCCAGCACUUUAACCCUGUCCUUGAAACCUACAUCAACAAGCAUUUCAGUGCUACUUUGGCGUACAUGAAACUAACUAGAGUGCUCAACUACUAUGUGGGUCAUGCAGAGGAGGCUGCCUUGACUGAGAAUCUCUAUGCAGCACUAAAGGCUCUUAAGUAUUUGUUCAGGUUUAUUGUCCAGUCUCGCAUCCUCUACCUAAGGUUCUAUGGCAACAGUGAAGACGGCGACGCCUUCUUCAACUCAAUUCGCUCUCUUUUCCUGUCAUUCAACGCUCUCAUGGACAGACCACUGGAUGAGGGAGUGAAAAUAAAGGGGGCAAUAUUGAAAUACCUCCCCAGCAUUAUUAAUGACAUCCAAUCUGUGUUUGAUCCUGUGGAACUAAGCAUUCUGCUUUCAAAGUUUAUCGAGAGCAUUCCUGACUCUCAGCUGGUGCGUCAGAAGCUGGGCUGCAUGUGCAAAAUAGUGGAGAGUGACCUUUUCAUGCAGCCAGAUUGUCGAGAUGUGCUGCUGCCACUCGUCGCUGACCAGCUGAGCGGGCAGCUGGAUGACCACUCCUGUAAGCCCGACUACGAGGCCUGUGUCCAACUGCUUAGCACCGUCUUGGACAUUUUGGAUCGCAAGGAUGUGGGUCCAACCAGGGGGCAUGUUCAGCUGAUCAUGGAGCGGCUUCUUCGCAGGGUUAAUCGCAGUGUCAUCAGCAUGGACAAGUCCUCCCUCCUCAUUGGUCACUAUUUAGCCUGCAUGACAGCUAUCCUGAAGCAGAUGGAUGACAUGCAUUAUGCACACUAUAUCGGCACCUUUAAAACCAGGCAGGACAUCAUGGACUUCCUCAUGGAGACAUUCAUCAUGUUCAAGGACCUCAUGGGGAAAGUCUUUCCUGCUGACUGGAUGAUCAUGAACCUGGUCCAGAUGCAGGUCUUUCUGAGGGCCAUCAGCCAGUACUCUGAUGUCCUCAACAUGUAUUUUUUGGACCAGGCACAUUUUCAACUACAGCUUUGGAAUAAUUACUUUCAUCUGACGGUGGCAUUCCUCACUCAUAAGACACUUCAACUGGAAUCUUUCUCCCAAGAGAAACGCAACAAGAUCUUGAACAAAUAUGGCGAUAUGAGGAAAGCAGUGGGUUUCAAGAUCAGAGACAUGUGGCACAAUCUUGGCCCCCAUAAAAUGAAGUUCAUCCCAGCCAUGGUCGGACCCAUUUUGGAGGUCACUCUUGUGCCUGAGCCAGAGCUGAGGAAGGCCACCAUUCCCAUUUUCUUCGAUAUGAUGCAGUGUGAGCACAAUUUCAGCCCUGGGCGCACAUUUGAAACGUUUGAAAACGAACUCAUAACAAAACUGGAUCAAGAGGUUGAAGGAGGACGAGGAGACGAACAGUACAAAGUCCUGCUGGAAAAGACGUUACUGGAGCACUGCAGACGCCACAGAUAUCUGUCACAGUCAGGUGAGGAGCUGGCGCUGCUGCUGAGCAGCCUGCUGGAAAAUCUUCUGGCAUACCGCACCAUCACACAUGAUGAAAGUCCUGAGCAUCGAAUGAGCUGUACGGUCAAUGUGCUGAACUUCUACAAGGAAAAGAAGAGGGAGGACAUUUAUAUCCGAUACCUGUACAAGCUGCGGGAUUUACACCUGGACUGUGAGAACUACACAGAGGCUGCCUACACUCUGCUGCUACAUGCUGAGUUACUGGAGUGGUCUGAUAAAGCCUGUGCAGCUCACCUGAUCCCUCGAGACGGAAAGCAUGUGUGGACGCAACAGGAACUGAAAGAACGGCUCUUCCAGGAGAUCAUAUGUUACCUGGACAAAGGCAAGAUGUGGGAGAAGGCCAUUGAGCUCGGCAAGCAGCUGGCCAAGAUGCACGAGAGCCACAUGUUUGACUUCAUGGAGCUCAGCCAGCUGCUGAAAAAACAAGCAGAGUUCUAUGAAAAAAUAAUGCAUGCCAUGCGACCACAACCAGAAUACUUUGCAGUGGGCUACUAUGGUCUUGGAUUUCCUUCUUUCCUCAGGAACAAGAUGUUUAUAUACAGAGGCAAAGAGUACGAGUGGCUUGAAGACUUCAGUUUAAAGCUGCUCUCUCAGUUCCCAAAUGCUGCUCGGAUGACCAGCACAGCGCCUCCUGGAGACAACAUCAGCAACUCUCCCGCACAAUACAUCCAGUGCUUUACAGUCAAGCCGGUGCUUGUUGUCCCACAGCAGUUUAAAGACAAGGGGGUUCCAGAGCAAAUAUUAAAUUAUUACCGAACCAAUGAAGUGGACCAAUUCCAGUACUCCAGGCCCUUCAGAAAGGGUGAAAAGGAUCCAGACAAUGAGUUUGCAACCAUGUGGAUCGAGAGAAGCACUUAUUUUACGGCCUAUCGCUUCCCCGGCAUUCUGAAAUGGUUUGAAGUCAAAUCUGUCUCAGUGGAGGAGAUCAGUCCGCUGCAGAACGCCAUCGAGACCAUGGAGAUGGCCAAUGAAAAGCUGAGUAACUUGGUGCAGCAGCAAGCCUGCGACCGCUCCUUGUCCAUCAACCCCUUGUCCAUGAUGCUCAGCGGCAUCGUCGACCCCGCCGUCAUGGGCGGCUUCUCCAACUAUGAGAAGGCAUUUUUCACUGACACCUACAUCCACGAGCACCCGGAAGACGGCGAACGUAUUGAUUCCCUUAAACACCUCAUCGCCCUGCAGAUCCCUCUCUUGGCAGAUGGUAUCCGCAUCCACGGGGAGAAGACGACAGAGCAGCUGAAGCCCUUACACAACCGUCUGGUUACUUGUUUCCAGGACCUUCGGGAGAAAGUGGAGAAGCAUUACGGCGUCAUAACCUUGCCCUGCUCUCUCACUGAGAGGAAGAAGAGUCGCGUGGGCUCUGUGGUGAUGCCCUACAUCCUGUCCUCCACACUGCGUCGCAUGUCCACGGUCUCAACCCUCUCCAACGCCUCCAGUGGCUCUGCGUCAUCCGACGGACAUUCCUACAUCUCCUCCCAAGACAGUUCUUUGUUGUCCCGGCCCAGCGAUCGCAGGACCUCGGUUCUGUCCCGCUCAGAGGAGGACAACAGGAUUGGCAGAAAGAACAGGAAAGAGUGGAGCGUGAGCAAGUCUCAGGUCCUGCUGGAGAGACCGUCGGAUGGAGAUGAGCCCCCUGCUGAGAAGCAGCAAAGACCCAAGAGUUUACAACUAGGAGACCGACGGCUGACGCUGUCCUUGUUCCAGGGUGUGUCCUCCCAGCUCAGCCUGUCCAACCCCCUCAGCCCGCUACCUGCGUCCCCUCACACUCCACGCAGCUCAAGUUUCUCAUCACUUCUCAGUGACAACGAUGCCAACGCCAUCGACACCCCAGGGACACCUCCACCUAUGCCGCCGAAGAAGCACCCGCAUGAAAUUGACAACGCCGGCUUCCCUUCAGAGUUCACUCCUCCGCUGCCAAUGAAAGUUGAUAGCAAGCCGCCGCCGCCGCCUCCAAAAACACGGAAGUCCAUGUUCCCCUCGUAUGAGCACAGCCCCCAGUAGACCCUCAACUUUCUUCCCUGGACAACUUUAUUUGUCAGACGCCGCAGGUAACAAGAGAUGCAGGAUCAUCCCAGUCACGGAUUUACAUUUUGCUUUGCUAGGCCGAAACCUUUUUAUAUUCCUCAAGGCAAGAUUUUAUGGCGACAAUUUUCAUAGCAUCAAAAAAAGAAGCUUGACGCUGCUUAACAGCAUUCCAUAUUUGAUACUGAUGAAGCUCAAAUGUGUUCAAUGAAAAGCAGGGACUACUUUGGACAUCUUAGCUGUGGUGUCCAAUGGCGAUCUAAUCCUUUUAUAUUUCACAGACACUGGAUGGCAUUUCUGAAUGUGAUGCACAUGUUGUAUUGUUCUUUGUGUUUGAUGUAAAUACUGUAACUGCCUGCCCUCCAAAUAGCAUCAUGUUGAUGUGCAUUGGAGGGAAGCUCGUGCUCAAAGGAAUAGAUUGACAUUUGUAUCAAAAAUUCAACCACAGACAAAGUGCAACUCGAGAGGAAAUACUCAAUGUAAUAUUUCUUUACGUCUGAUCUUUGAAACUCAACUAAAUGAAAUCCUUUAUUAGGCGGUAUCAGUUACUCCAACAUUAACUUACUGUUUUGUACAGUUUGACAUAGAAAUGGCAUUUUAUCAAUGCCUUGUGGGGUACGGGACAAAACAUGUGUGUCUUUCCAGUUAAGGACUGGUUUACUAAAGGUUUGCUCGUACUAAAUCAGGUGCAAAUUAAAUAGCACGCCCAAAGCGGAUCCACUAAACGUUUGCAAAGUGGAUUGUGUGUCUGUUUACAUUAAUAUUCAAAAUAUAUGCUGAUCAUGAAAAUACUGGGAGGGGAAAUGAUAUAUCGUGCAAUGUGAUUUAUCAACAUUCAUCACUUUUGGGGGCACUAUUUUGCAUUUUCUUUCAAAAGGACGUGAGUUCCACUCAGGGCAGUGCAAGCACAGACAAUCCUGUGUCCCACCUCUACAUUUCAACAAUGUCAGCAACAUUCUUUCAUGAUUUCAUAGCUGUUAGAUGACUUAAGGGGCUGAUAAAACUCAUUCAAUUGAUGCGUUUUGGUGUCAUUUCAUAUUUUUGGAAUAACGUUUUGUUAUUUAGUGCCAAUGCAGAUGCACUGGAGGACUCAUUUUAAAAUGCCCAUCAAAUGUGGUAGAUGUCUCCUGCUUGUUUAAAAACAUGGUCGGGAGGGUCAUGAUGUGAUGAAUGUGCAGUAAUGAGUGUCUCCAUGGUGAUGCACAGCACACACAGAAUCCUCAUUUAAAACGGGCGCCACCUUUCAAUUGCAGACGCAGUCUUAGUAGAAGAAACACAACACGCCCUCCAAUCCUACAUGCUGUUUUAGAGAUUACACAUGCUGUUCAGCCCGGGAUUGAACACAGAACCUUCGUGUUGUGAGGCACAUGCACUAACCCCUGAGCCACCGUGCUGCGUGUUGUAUCUGGAUCUUAAUAACUCAGGCCCGCGGUGUCAUAUUCCUCAUUUUAAACGGGUGGGGCCAGAGGGCAACAUUUGGCCCAUGGACUCAGUUGUGUCCACGGAAGAUUUGGCUUCCCAAAUGUGAUAAUUAUUCACAUGGACUCAGUUGUGUCCACGGAAGAAGGCUGGCUUCACAAAUGUGAUAAUUAUUCACAUGGACUCAGUUGUGUCCACGGAAGAAGGCUGGCUUCCCAAAUGUGAUAAUUAUUCACAUGGAGUCAGUUGUGUCCACGGAAGAAGGCUGACUUCACAAAUGUGAUAAUUAUUCACAUGGACUCAGUUGUGUCAAAUUAAGGGCCUCAUGCAGUAAGUUGAAUGAUGUUUCUUACUAGCUACUUUUUUUAUAUUCUUCUGCCUUGGAUGCUUUGUAUAUUUAAAUAUUAUGUAACUACAAUUAUUUGAUUGAGUUUGUAGCCAAGUUUUUUUCCACAAUGAUGGUUUAAUGAUGGCGACCCCGGGACCCCUGACCAAUCACAACAAAGUAAGCACAGUCAGGCAAGAGUGGAAGAAUGCAGAGUUUUUAUUCAACUUACUAAAGUGCCGUGGCGGGGUUUAAUAAGAAGGUAAAAGACCCCUGAAUAGAAGUCCUUUCUUCUUUUCUUCCCUUUCAUGCAGAUGUCUUGCAAAUCCAAUCCAACUUGCUGUGAAUAUGCCAAUCUUGCCACAUAACUGAUUAACUGUGGAUAUAAAUAUCAAACUAUUCCUUUGAAGAAACCUAAACACUGUACGCUACAAACAUUGAUGCAUUUUAUAUUUCCUGUUUUUAAUUAUUAUCAUUAUUAACUUCAUUCCCAAAAAGAUAAAUUAUUGCUGAUCCUUGAAUUUCAAUAUUUUUGUUUUGCACAUGAGCAGAUGUUUUUUAAUUAGUAUGCAGUGUUUUGCAUGUAGUGUGUGUUGCCACAACAGUGCGGUGUGACCUCGGCACGCAGCCUCUAUUAAGUUGUCAGUAUUUUUGUUGUAUUUGUAGUUUUGAAAUAGUUUUACAAGGGAUUGACAUUUUCUGCUGUGCACACGGAUCAAUAAAUGUUUGAACAAGC